CUAAGUUUGUUCCGCCAUAUUUAUUGUGGUCAAUGUUGUUGCUGGUUUUGAAUACGCGUAUUUUGUCCUUUUAAGGAAUUAUCGGAUGUUUUAAUGAUAUUGGUCUGAGCGGAAAUAAUCAUUGACUAAAGUCGUAUGUCUAUAUUGCCGAACUAUGGCCGGUGUACCAGAGAAAAAGUCAAAAAAGAAGUCCAACGACAAAAGGCCUAAUAGUUCCAAUGCCACUGCCAACUCGCAACAGGCACUGCAAACUGCAACCCAUCAGGCAAAUGGUCGAGAUCAACAUGAUGGGGUUGUGCGCAAUAAUGAGCAAAGAUCCCAUUCGGAAGAGAGUCUGCAGGAGGAGGUGGAGCGGUUGAUGGAUGCUGAGGAGCCGCAGCGAUUCUCCCGGGGCUUCAAUCCGUACCUGGGAGGAGAGCGGUGUCUGCUGUGCAAGCGGGAACGUCCCGAUGCUGAUCAGUCGAGCUCAGCAGAACCACUGGAAGAAUUGGAAUCAGGCCCGGCUUCCCUGGCUCAGCUUCCCUUGUGGGUAUGCCCCUCAUGUCGUGAGAACCUAGAACUAGAGGAGAAGGCUCUUGCAGGAUCAACGCUGUUUCCGCAAGAUCUGGUCCUCCAUUCCGGUGACCUCUUUGAGGUGGCGAUCAGCAAAUCCUCGGAGCCAACCACGUCAGAUGGCGCACCAUGCAACUGUGAAGCUUGCAAGGAACGACGUGACAUCGAGGAGCAACAGGAGGUGGAGGGCAGACAGCUGCAGAAGUUCUGGGCAGAGGUGCGGCAGGCCGUGCGCUGCAUGUACCGCGAGGCUACCAUAGAGAAGACGCUCUCCACAAAGCACGACACAGCCAAGCUUACUGGCAUGGUCACCAGGUUGACCAGCAGAGACCCUCACCAGCUGUACCAGCGACUCGAGUCCCAAUCCCGGGAGUUUGUCAUCGAGAUGAAGGUUCGUCUCUUGAAGAAGCUAACGACUGGUCUGAAGACCCCGCAGCAAGCAAAGCAGUUCAUCACUGUACUUCUCGACGAGUACGACAGCCUCUGCACAGCUUCCAGCAGAGUAGCAUCCGUUCUCAUUGAGCUGGAAGAAAAGCAUCUCAACUGCUUCAAUCUGACUUGGGACAUGCUGGACAGGCACCUCUUCCAGAGUAUCAUCUACUCCGACCCACUCCUGCAAAACAGUCUCCCUAUGAUCAUUACUCAGAUGAGCCGGUAUGCAGGCAACACGGAGGGAAGCGGCGGUGAUGCUUGCUACCCAAACCUCCUGCACCGCUAUCUCAAGCUGGACGAUGAGAUGACCUUCAUAUCGGCAGUGUGGAGGGAUUCGCAGAAGCGCAUGGAAGAUUUCAUGCAGGAAGAGACUGCAAAGAAGAUGAAGCAGAAGAUGUUGAAAGAGGAUUGGGAGUUCUUUAAGACGCAGCAGAAGCUGCUGAAGAAGCUGAUGAAGAAUUCGGAUGCAGGCAGCCAAAAACAAAUCGAAGAGACUUUCCGAGAGGCCAUGCAGGAGAUUCUGUCGGGAGCAAGUCCCUUCCAGGGAACUGACCCUUGCAACUGCCCCAAGUGCCAGAAUAACAGGUGCCCGUGCGACGAGUGCACGCUGUCUCAGGUACUUGCAUCUAAGAUCAUUGUGCCGGACGUCACCGACGACUUUGUUGAGGUGCAGGCGGCGUCGCGUCUCAUCGUAGACAUCACGUCACCUUCCCUGUCGUCCAGCAGCAACUCCAGCCGGUCAUCCUCCCCGGAGCCACUGACCGCGAAUCUCAGGCGAGAGUUUCUCCGGAAGACAGAAGUGAAGCACAAUAAUUGCGACUGCCCCUCGUGUGUUCAGAAACCCUGUGCCCCGAAUGCGAAGCACAAAGCAUGUGAGUGUCCAUCAUGUGUGAAGCCCCUCGUGUCAGGCCUGUCACUGCAGCACCUCUACCCACGCGCACACUGCUCCCAGCAUGGAGGCUCAGGGUCCGGUUCACCCUGUCCUCAACCCGCUUACAACCUUCACAUGUCAGGCACGGCACAGACUCAGAAGCGACGUCCGUACAGCCUGGACCUGGACACCGGUGACGCGCUGCAGGAGCACAUCUACCACGCCUAUGGAGACUGGGAGAACGGGUAUGACACCAGCAGCCUUCUCAGCUCGUGCAAGUUGCACCUGCUAAAGAGCGAGAUCCUCAAAGCGAGCUCAUUCCUGCACAAGGACGGCAGCGGCGACCACAACGCCCCCAAGCAGGCGACUGAUAACGGCUGCGAGGAGGAGCCGCCCGAUGACUACGUCGACACGUCAUCGUCGUGCGUGCAGCAGCAGUCGCCGCCAGGUGGCGCCGGCAAGCCGUGCGGCGAGUUCAAGACGUCAGCGGUGCACAGUCAGCUGAAGGCGCUGCAGGCGAACCUGACGCCGGAGAUGAUCCAGUCGGCCGCGCUGAGCGUCGCGAAGGAGGAGGCGAUCCGCGCGCUCGCGCAGUCGCGCGCUCACGCGGAGCCCUCUGCAUACCCGUGCGAGCGCAAGCACUGCCUCGCGCCGAAGGCCGUCGACGUGCCGCCGGCGCUCUCUGGUUGUCGCAACGCCGACUGCCACUGCGACUACGACGACGUCGACGACAGCUGCUCGGAGAAGAGCACGUCGACGACGAGCUCGUCGCAGAAGGAGGGCAAGCAGUGCGACUGCUACUACUGCGAGUUCUUCGGGCACGGCGUGGGUGCUGCAACACCCAUCAGCAGGAAGAAGGAGGAGAUGCGGGAGAGGCUGCGAUUGAGGCUCACGCGCAGGAAGUUUGAUAUGUCACAGAGCGAGCACGUAGACAAUGUCCUGGACAACGACCAAGAAAAAUCCGACAGCACUGAUCGCAACUCGUCGGCACCGCGUGGCACGGAAAGCAUCGCCGACCUGCUGACAUUCAUAGAAGGCGUGCCAGUCGGUAACGAGCAGACCGACCGAGAGAAGCGGAUAUCGAAGAAGGCAGCGAAGAGAGCGCGGCAGAAGCAGAAAAAGGCUGAACUAAAGGAGAAGUCUCAGAUGGGAGAGGAAGAAGCAGAGGAGGAGGAAGAGGAAGAGGGUGAGGCAGACGAACAGCAGACAAUGGACAGUAAUGCAGAGAAAAGCAAAGCGAAACAGGCUACAACGGCGAGUAACGGCAGCGUAAAUCCGGUUGCCUUGGAAACCGGCGAAACUGGAAAGAAGCUCCUCGACAAUGGCAAAAAUCUACACCAGGGGACGAUGGAUCAGAGCGCAGCGAAGAACCAACGAGCCGAGAUGGCCACGAAUAGAGAUGCAAGCAAGAGCUCAUGGCAGGAGGUGCCUGCUCGUAACGUCAGCAGGAGCCCACAGCACGAGGCUCUAUCUCUAGGUGGUGGCAGCACCGCCACAAGCAACAGCAGCAGCGGCAGCAAAAACUCUCGGCAGGAUGGAUUCAUCGAGCAGACUAAGAGGAGGAAGCCGUCACCGAAUGAAGCGGCGCGGAGCGGCGGCGGAGACGUGCAGAACGGAGAGACGAGGAGGCCCGACAUGAAUCCCGGCUACCAGAUCGUCGGCAAGCCCGUGCAGGGUAAACCGACACCCCUGCCACGUCUAAACGGACUCGUUAAGCAGCAGGGGAGCACAUCAGUGGUGAAUGUGCAGAGGCCGUUGGCGCAGGUAUCUCUGCCGCAGAAGCAGCCCGCACGAGUGAGAUCUACUGUCACACAAGCGCGGCCUGCUCGCCAGCAGAACUCGGUCGCACUCGAAAAGCUGGAAUCUCAGCCUGACACUGCACCUAGUCCUGCUCCAUCUACCCCAUCUCAGCGAAAGAAGGACAAGAAGAAAAAGUCUGAGCAGCCCCCAAAGCAGCAGUCGACAACGCCUUCUCCGCAGCUGCCAGUGGAUACGACGACCGCGAAACCUGCACAGGUGCAGAUAAAUCAUGCUCAGCCCUCAGCCUCCACACCGCCAAAAGCUGGAAAGAGUAAUGUUGGCAAGCGGAAAGGCAAGGGAUCUGGCCCAGGACCUGCCGGCAAUACAUCUAUCGACGACAUCUUUCGGCCGAAGAACGAGGAGGAGCUCUCGGAGCUCGAUGACUUCGAGAAGGAGCUGGAGGCCUUCAAGAAGUUCUGCUUCAGCGCCGAGCCGCAGCCCGAUCGCGCCAAGGUCAAGGUCAAGCUUGACUGCAGCAGCGUCUUUAAGAAGAAGGUGUCGGCCAUGAGCUGCAGCAACUAGCCUUAUUCGCCGUAUUAACCGUAUUAUUGGAUAGGUGGCGCCACCCGUCGGUGGCGACCGAUCUGCCUGCCGUGCGACCGGAGGAUGGACACUGUGCUUGAGUUCGUUACCGUGCAGGAAUGUAAUAAUGUGCCUUUAGUAUAAAUACGAGGAGCUCUUAGACAGCUAUUAGAAUUUUGUAGUGCACAGCCAUGCGAAGAGUAGAGGAGAUUGCAUGCGUUCGCCGAUCUAGACUGCUAUAUCCGUGUGUGAGACGGCACGGGUGCCUUGACACGGCAUAUCCCGGUAGAGAAUCCACUUGUUGCACACAUUGCAAUGCAUCACAAUCUGACCGUCUCGGUUUUUCCAUUGCCAAAUGCAGCAUUCAUGAGCAAACAGAAACACACUUUGUUUUUCUGUUAGAAUGAUGACAAUGUAAGAUCAACUAUUUAUAUUUUAUUUAUAUGCAUUAUAUCAGCUUACUGAACGUGAGCAAUACCUCGCGUGGCUGUAUGCUAAUGUGUGUCAUUCGGUCAAGGUGGUAACCGCUGCAUCUAAUAUUUACACUUUAGCAUUUAUGUUGAAUUAUUAAAGUGAACCAGGUGACGCUGUUAAAGAUCUGUUGGAAGUAGGUUGUAUACUGUAUGUAGGCUAGCUAGAUCGUCGUGCUUUUGUCUUACUCGAUAAUAAUGCUAUAAACAUAUUUUUUACUUGAAACCACGUUCCAUUUACUGAAAGUGAUUUUGCAAGCGUAAAAGUUUAUGCAAUCCAAAGUGUAACCUGUGUGGGUGCCGAUGUGCAUGUUAUUAAGGUACCGUCAUCGGAAAGGGAGACGGCGUGUUACGAUUACAGAAGGCACAGCUAGCAUAGCUGCCUUGUUACCAUGGCAAUGAUUGUUCAACUUGAAGAAGUCGCGUGCACUUGUAUGUGGCUUUCGUUUUGGGUUUUUGCAAAUCCCAAGUUUGCUCUCCACCACCCUCCCACCAGAUUGUUGUCUUCGGGUGUACGGUCUACGUUUCGUGUGUUAUGUGCGGUGGCAAUGAGGUCUACAAUGUAGGACUUCUCGCAUCAGACAGAUUUUAAUAUGGCGUCGGCGGUGCUAGCUUGCGCAUUGCCGAAUGGCGCAGCAAGAGAAUGUACGCAGCACAGCGGGACAUUUUCAUUUUGCUUUUACUCGGCGGUUAGUGCACGACAAAUAACGAUUGUGCGUUUUCUCCCGUUUCUGGAGUUGCCUUUCUAAAAAUAAAUUUUUACAUGCAAUUAUGAA